AUGAUCAUUAUUGUGGGCACCCAGUUGGGCUAUAGUCAGCCAAUCAUUUGUCUCUCCUGGCACCCCAAAGGCGGCUACCUCCUUAGUCUGAGCCAGGCAGUGGAGACAAACCAGCUUACCUCGAGGACUGCUUGUCGGCGUCUAUUGCUCCACAGAUUGGCUGGUAUGACGAGCCAGUCGCCGUUUGCUGAGGCCUUGGCUCCAGACUCAGGGCCUGGGGUGGAUGAACAGCUCGGUAGUUCGUUUACUUCGCGUUUGCGACGCGCCGAGCAUUGGCGUUUAGCUGCCUUUCAUCCAGGGGGUACUAAACCCCACCUAUACGUAACAAGCGACCAUUUGGUUCAUAUUUUCGAUCUAGCUGAGCGGAAGGAACUGCGGCGACUCAGGCUAGAUUCCGCUUCUGACAAGAUUUCCGCUUUUGCCGUCCACUCCUCGGGCGCUGUCUUCAUCAAGGCAUAG